AUGUCGCUGAACAAUAUAACAUUUUGUGUGUCGCAAGACUUGGAUGUUCCUCUGAAGGUGAAAAUCAAGUCAUUGGAAGGCCAAAAAUCACUGUUGAAGCCAUCUCAGAAAAUUCUGAACCCUGAAUUAUUACUGAAAGGGUCAAAUGUUUCCCCUUAUAGUGAUUUAGUAGUAUCCUUACAGGUUUUCGAUAAAGAGAGGAAUAGAAAUUUAACUCUUCCAAUAUACACUCCGUAUAUUCCUUUCAGAAACUCUCGGACUUGGGAUUAUUGGUUGACUUUGCCCAUACUUAUCAAGCAACUUACCUUUAAUAGUCAUUUACGUAUUGUUCUAUGGGAAUAUGAAGGAUCUAAACAAGUUCCAUUUUCCAAUCUAGAAACAAGUAUCUUCAACCCAAACGAUUGUACUUUGAAAAGGGGAUUCGAAUCAUUAAAGUUUUGUUACGAUAUUAGCGAUCAUUAUGAAGUAGUCACCGAUAACAAAGAUCAGGUAAAUUUGAACAAAUAUUUUCAAGGAGAGUUUAUAAGGCUCCCCUGGCUCGACGACAUCACGAUAAGCCAAUUGAGAAAACAACAAGAAAAUAGAAUUUGGCCUCAGGGCACCUUUGUUUUAAAUUUGGAGUUUCCGAUGUUAGAGCUGCCUGUCGUAUUCACCGAGAGAGAAAUUAUGAAUACUCAAAUGAAUAUUCCAACGUUGAAGAAUAAUCCCGGACUAAGCACUGACUUAAGAGAACCCAAUAGGAAUGAUCCUCAAAUAAAAAUUUCCCUUGGGGAUAAAUAUCAUUCUACACUGAAAUUCUACGAUCCUGAUCAACCAAAUAAUGAUCCAAUAGAAGAAAAGUACAGAAGAUUGGAAAGAGCAUCCAAAAAUGCAAACUUGGACAAACAACUAAAACCCGAUAUCAAGAAGAGGGAUUACCUGAAUAAGAUUAUCAACUAUCCUCCCGGUACUAAAUUAACAGCGCAUGAAAAGGGAUCUAUAUGGAAAUAUAGAUAUUAUCUAAUGAAUAAUAAAAAAGCACUUACAAAAUUAUUACAGAGUACAAAUUUGAAAGAAGAAUCUGAAAGAAUAGAAGUUUUAGAACUAAUGGACUCAUGGGCAGAAAUUGACAUAGAUGAUGCACUAGAACUAUUAGGUUCAACAUUCAAAAAUCUCUCAGUCAGGUCUUACGCCGUAAAUCGGCUGAAAAAGGCAUCUGACAAGGAGUUAGAGUUAUACUUAUUACAAUUGGUAGAAGCUGUGUGCUUCGAAAACCUCUCCACUUUCUCAGAUAAAUCCAACAGUGAAUUCACCAUUGUAGAUGCUGUAUCAUCGCAAAAACUUUCUAGCGAUUCUAUGUUAUUAUCUACAUCCCAUGCCAAUCAAAAACUACUUAAGUCCAUCUCGAGUGAGUCGGAAAUUUCUGGAACAGAAUCACUCCCUAUUGUUAUCUCUCCUCUGGCUGAAUUUUUGAUUAGAAGAGCGCUGGUAAAUCCAAGGUUAGGGAAUUUUUUCUAUUGGUAUUUGAAAUCUGAAUCUGAGGACAAACCAUAUCUAGACCAGAUUUUAAAUUCCUUUUGGAGCAGGCUAGACAGAAAAUCUCGGAAUAUAUUAAACGAUCAAAUUAGGCUAAUUAGUGUGCUCCGGGAAUGUUGUGAAGUAAUUAAGAGACUUAAGGAUUCUACAGCGAAAAAGAUGGAACUGCUAGUGCAUUUAUUGGAAACGAAAGUCAGACCGCUUGUGAAAGUACGGCCAAUAGCUUUACCACUAGACCCUGAUGUACUGAUAUGUGACGUUUGUCCUGAAACAUCAAAGGUAUUCAAAAGCUCUUUAUCGCCAUUGAAAAUAACAUUUAAAACGACAUUGAACCAACCGUAUCAUUUAAUGUUUAAAGUUGGUGAUGAUUUAAGACAAGAUCAAUUGGUAGUACAGAUCAUAAGUUUAAUGAAUGAGUUACUGAAGAACGAAAACGUGGACCUGAAACUAACACCAUAUAAAAUUCUAGCUACAGGGCCGCAAGAGGGUGCCAUUGAAUUUAUCCCCAACGAUACAUUAGCUAGCAUACUAAGCAAACAUCACGGUAUUCUUGCCUAUCUCAAGCUCCACUAUCCCGAUGAGAACGCAGCGUUGGGCGUACAGGACUGGGUUUUAGAUAAUUUUGUCAAAUCAUGUGCUGGUUAUUGUGUUAUUACAUACAUUUUAGGUGUAGGCGAUAGACAUUUGGACAACUUACUGAUCACACCAGAUGGGCAUUUUUUUCAUGCAGACUUUGGUUACAUCUUGGGCCAAGAUCCCAAACCAUUUCCGCCAUUGAUGAAAUUACCACCACAGAUCAUAGAGGCUUUUGGAGGCGCAGAAUCAUCAAAUUACGAUAAAUUCCGUAGCUAUUGCUUUGUCGCAUAUUCGAUUUUAAGAAGAAAUGCGGGCUUAAUCUUAAACUUAUUUGAAUUGAUGAAGACAUCAAACAUACCAGAUAUCAGAAUAGAUCCUAAUGGUGCUAUUUUACGCGUAAGAGAAAGAUUUAAUUUGAAUAUGUCCGAAGAAGAUGCCACAGUUCAUUUUCAAAAUCUAAUUAAUGAUAGUGUAAAUGCCUUACUUCCUAUCGUAAUCGAUCAUUUACAUAACCUUGCACAGUAUUGGCGAGCCUGA